AUGACGGAAGCAAAUAGCGAUUCUGUGGGAGAAGAGGACAUUUUCAAACGAACCGAACUGUUGGCAGUUUCAUCGCCACCGAGUAUCGGCGCACGUCUUCAUGAGCUAUACGAUGAGAACCUCACAGCCAAGAUCAUUCGUGCUGCAACCACAUGUUUAGAGCAUAAUUACCCGAUUGCCCAGUACCCUGAGUAUGUUCUGCAGUCAGGGCCCGAUGCUGGAAAAUACCUUCUUCGCGAGGUGGACUUCUGGACAUGCGGUUUCUUCCCCGGUUCAAUCUACUCGCUUCUUGAGCGCUGGAUCAAAUACCCUCAAAAGGCUGGAAAGGGCGCCAUUUCAGCACUCAUCAUUCAGAAGCUGCACGAGCUAGGUGGAAUCUGGUCAGAGCCUAUUCACCACAUGGGCUCUAGAACGGAUACACAUGAUAUGGCGUUUAUCAUUCAGCCAUCAAUGAGACCACGCUGGGAGAUCUUCCACGAUGAAAGAGCUCUCUCCACUAUCCUUACUGCAGCCGACAGCCUAUACACUCGCUAUAGUCCAAGAAUCGGUGCUAUUCGUUCCUGGGAUCAACUGACCCAGAAGGGCGUCAAUAUUACCUCCAUGGAUCAUGAUUUCUUAGUCAUUAUCGAUUCUAUGUGCAACCUCGAUCUUCUCUACUAUGCUGCUGCACACACCGGUCGCGAUGAACUCUCCGUUGCUGCCACCCGCCAUGCUCACAAACUUCUACGCACCCAUCUUCGCCACGAGACUGGGAACUACGCUCAGCGAAAAGGUUUCUCCGGGCCUUUGUUCAGCACCGUCCACGUUGCAAAUUUUGAUCCAACUACUGGCGAUCUGAAAGAAGUUCGCACGGGACAGGGUUACGCGAAGGACUCAACCUGGGCCCGCGGCCAGGCAUGGGGAAUUUUGGGCUAUUCGCAGACAUUCCAAUGGACCGGAGAGAGCGAGUUCCUCACCGCAGCAUGUGGACUGGCUGAAUACUUCCUGCUCCGCUUGGAGACUUCACCUAGUUGUGUUGAGCGCAGGAUUUCUGAUACUUUUGAUAAGACCUGUGGACGUUAUGUUCCUCUUUGGGAUUUCGAUGCUCCUAUCAACGAGGAAAAUCCGCUUCGCGACUCUUCUGCCGGUGUCAUUGCUGCGAACGGCCUCCUGGUACUGGCACAGUGCCUCAUCUCACGUGGAGAUCAUACACAGGGCCAGAGGUUUCUCGAUGCUGCUCUAACUAUUGUUGAGGACACACUUGCCUUUUCUCUAGCCAGAGAAAAGGCAUCCAUCGUGGUCAUUGGAAGUAAGGUAUCCGUUGAAGAUAUCCGAGCUAAUGAAACAUUUGAUGCAAUCCUAAAGAAUGCAACGGCAAACUUCAAUGCAUCUGAUCAUCGCCGCUACUGGGAUCACGGACUUGUGUAUGGCGAUUACUACUUGAUUGAAUUUGGCAAUCGACUCUUGAGAAUGGGACUAGUGUAA